AUGGAGAUGAAUCAAGAAAAACUGUGUACCAGUAAGGCUGAUGUGAGCUCAGAUUCUGCUUAUCAUUGCUCAACGUGUCAUGAUGACGAGGAGUGGAGCAAUACUAGCCGGGGACGAGCUAAGUCGCGAAGUUUGUCUGCUUCACCAGCCCUAGGAAGCACCAAAGAAUUCCGGAGAACCCGCUCCUUGCAUGGACCAUGCCCAGUGACCACAUUUGGACCAAAGGCCUGUAUGCUGCAAAACCCUAAAACGAUUAUGCACAUUCAGGAUCCAGCAAGCCAGCGGUUGACAUGGAACAAACCUCCCAAGAGUGUCCUUGUUAUUAAAAAGAUACGUGAUGCCAGUCUGCUGCAGCCUUUUAAAGAGCUUUGUGUGUAUCUUACUGAGAACAAUAUGAUAGUGUAUGUAGAAAAAAAGGUAUUGGAAGACCCUGCUAUAGCUAAUGAUGAUAAUUUUGGACCAGUGAAGAAGAAAUUUUGCACCUUCAGAGAAGAUUAUGAUGAUAUCUCCAAUCAGAUAGACUUUAUCAUAUGCCUGGGAGGAGAUGGGACCUUACUUUACGCUUCUUCGCUUUUCCAGGGUAGUGUACCUCCAGUUAUGGCUUUUCAUCUGGGAUCCCUUGGAUUUCUUACUCCAUUUAAUUUUGAGAAUUUUCAGUCCCAAGUCACUCAGGUUAUAGAAGGCAAUGCAGCACUUGUUCUACGAAGCAGGCUGAAAGUGAAAGUAGUAAAAGAGCACAGAGAGAAAAUGACAGUACAAAAUGGUAUAGAAGAAAAUGGAGUAGUGUCUGCAAAUAUAGAGAAAGAAGUGGGCAAGCAAAUUAUGCAAUAUCAGGUCCUAAAUGAAGUCGUAGUGGAUCGUGGUCCUUCUUCUUACCUUUCCAAUGUAGAUGUGUUUCUAGAUGGACACCUGAUAACAACCGUGCAAGGAGAUGGAGUCAUUGUCUCCACACCGACUGGUAGCACUGCAUAUGCAGCUGCAGCAGGAGCUUCUAUGAUUCAUCCAAAUGUUCCUGCAAUAAUGAUCACCCCAAUCUGCCCUCACUCAUUGUCUUUCAGACCUAUUGUUGUUCCUGCUGGAGUGGAACUCAAGAUUAUGCUCUCCCCGGAUGCCAGGAAUACAGCAUGGGUUUCAUUUGAUGGAAGGAAGAGGCAGGAAAUAUGCCAUGGAGACAGUAUUAGCAUCACUACCUCUUGCUAUCCCCUUCCUUCGAUCUGUUUCCGAGAUCCUGUGAGCGACUGGUUUGAAAGCUUGGCUGAGUGUUUACACUGGAAUGUUCGGAAGAAGCAAAAUAACUUUGCUGUUGAAGAAGAAGAAUUUUGAGUGUCUACAUCUAACAAGACUCGUGGGAAUGGAAAGUGGCAGUAUCCCUUCUAUAUGCUUGGGUUUUUAAGUUUUUGGCUAACAAGUGUGGUCACCAUCUCAGACAUACAUAGUGAUUAGAGUUUAUAUCUGACUGACCUGCUGAUGGCUGGAAAUUAUUGUGCUACUUCCUGUCCACCAA